GCUCGCCGAAGAAGACAAAGCGAGAGGUAGGAAUAAUUAAUGGCGGUGACCGAGAGCUUGCCGGCGGCCAUGGAGAACGGCGAGAGCAAGGGAGGAGGCGACUACACGCAGGACGGCUCGGUGGAUCUCCGGGGCAACCCCGUGCUCCGGUCCAAGAGAGGCGGCUGGACCGCUUGCUCCUUCAUCGUAGUGUACGAGCUGUUCGAGAGGAUGGCGUACUACGGGAUAGCGGCCAACCUGGUGAUCUACCUGACGGACAAGCUCCACCAGGGGACGGUGGAGGCGUCCAACAACGUCACCAACUGGUCCGGCGCCGUCUUCAUCAUGCCCUUGAUCGGAGCCUACGUCGCCGACGCCUACCUCGGCCGCUACUGGACCUUCGUCGCCGGCUCCGCCAUCUACUUCUUGGGAAUGUGUUUGCUGACGCUGGCGGUGACCAUUCCGUCGCUGAAGCCGCCGCCGUGCGACGGCGGUGUGUGCCCGCCGGCGUCGGCCCUGCAGCUGGGCGUCUACUUCGGCGGCCUGUACAUCAUCGCCUUCGGCAAUGGCGGCACCAAGCCCAACAUCUCGACCAUCGGCGCCGACCAGUUCGACGAGUUCGACCCACGGGAGAAGAUGCACAAGAUGUCGUUCUUCAACUGGUGGAUGUUCACCAUCUUCGUCGGCAUCCUCUUCUCCUCCACCGUCCUCGUCUACCUCCAGGACAACAUCAGCUGGUCCGUCGGCUACGGCAUCCCCACGCUCGGCCUCCUCAUCUCCAUCUCCAUCUUCCUCGCCGGCACGCCGCUGUACCGGCACAAGGUGCCGCAGGGCAGCCCGUUCACUCGCAUGGGCAAGGUGGUCGCCGCCGCCGUCUGGAAGUGGCGCGUGGCCGUGCCGGCGGACGCCAAGGAGCUGCACGAGCUGGAGCUCGAGGAGUACACGAGGAAGCGCAAGUUCCGGAUAGACUCCACCAACACCAUGAGGUUCCUGAACAAGGCUGCCGUGAAGGACGGUUCGCCGGCGAAGUGGAGCCUGUGCACGGUGACCCAGGUGGAGGAGACGAAGCAGAUCAUCAAGGUGGUCCCUUUGCUGGCGACGAUGUUCGUGCCAUGCACGCUCAUCGCCCAGACGAACACCCUCUUCGUGAAGCAGGGCAGGACGAUGAACCGCCACAUCGGGCCGCACUUCCAGAUCCCUCCGGCCAGCCUCGGCGCGUUCGUCACGCUGAGCAUGCUCGUCGCCGUCGUCGUGUACGACCGGCUCUUCGUGAGGGCCAUCCGGAAGUACACCAAGAACCCCCGGGGCAUCCCGCUGCUGAAGAGGAUGGGCGUCGGGCUGCUGCUGCAGGUGCUGGCAAUGGCGACGGCGUCCCUGAUGGAGAGCCGGCGGCUGAGCUACGCGCGGCGGCACGGCCUGGUCAGGACGGGCGGGGUGGUGCCGCUCACCAUCCUGGAGCUGCUGCCGCAGUACGUGCUGAUGGGCGUGGCGGACGCGUUCCUGGUGGUGGGCAAGAUCGAGUUCUUCUACGACCAGGCGCCAGAGAGCAUGAAGAGCCUCGGCACGGCCAUGUCGCUGACGGCGUACGGCGUCGGCAACGUGCUCAGCAGCUUCCUCCUCUCCCUCGUGUCGCGCGUCACGCAGGAGAGGGGCGACCCGUGGGUGACCAACAACCUCAACGCCUCGCACCUCGACUACUACUAUGGCUUCCUCACCGUGCUCGGCGCCGUCAACGCCGUCGUCUUCGUCGUGCUCAGCAGCAAGUACUCCUACAAGGUCGAGUCGACGGAGACGAUCGACAUUGCCAUGGACGUGAAGGGUGAGACAGCCAAGGUUCAGAGCUGAUCAUGCUCUGCAAAUAAAAACCAGACACAAUGCAAAUCGUCAUGCAU